AUGAUUGGCGUAUUCAUUUUGCGAAAGGAAAUAGCGGAGGAGGAGAACAGCAUCGCCUCAAUUCGCCAGAGUCUGCAGGACAAGGAGUCGCCGCUGCAGGUGGCCCAAAGCCGCCACUGGACUCGUUCCUUCAGACCCGGAGCGGACCGCUGUCUAGAUCAACCCCAUUACAGACUCAAGGACGAACUUGACGAGCUGCCCCAGAGCAUCGAAUCCCUUCGCCAGCGCCUGAGGACCAGCGAGGACACGCUGGAGGAGCUGCACCGCCUUCACGAGGACUUUUCCAAGGACAUCCUCAACAGGGAACACACCAUCAGCUUUUAG